UAAAUACUCCUAAAAGCCUAAAAAAUAUCCCCGUCACCAUACCUUCGUUGCUCCUGCUUAAUCAGAAACCAUGUUAGCAUCAGCUGAACCCGACGAUCCUCUUGUUAACCCCACUGUCAAAGAACUCGCCGACCACAACAUCUCUUUGCCAUCUAUUUACUUCAACUACAGCCCGGCCGUUGCUGAAACCGAAACCGUCCUCAAGGAAGAGAUCCCAACCAUUGAUAUUUCUCCCCUAAGAAAUGGAACUCCCGAUGAACGGUCGAGGGUCAUCCUUGAUAUUGGGCGGGCUUGUGAAGAAUGGGGCUGCUUCACUGUUGUAAAUCAUGGUGUCUCAGAGAGCUUAACGACGGCGAUGGUAGGAGCGUUCUCCGAUUUUUUCAACCUAACGGAGGAGGAGAAGAAAGUUUACACGGCAAAAGAUAUGUUUGCGCCGGUCUGCCAUGGGACGAGCACUAAUUUGAUGGGGAAGGAUGUGCGAUUUUGGAGGGAUUUUCUUAGGGUUUUUGUCUAUCCGGAGUUCAACUACCCAGACAAACCUCAAGAUUUCAGAGCAAUAUCUGAAGAGUAUGCACGACAGACCAGAGAGAUCUGCAAUGAACUACUCAAAGCAAUCUGGGAAAGCCUGGAGCUGGACGAAAGUUUCAUGGAAGGGGCUUUAGAACCGAAUUCAAUCCGUCAAAAUCUGGUAGGAAAUUUCUAUCCUCCGUGCCCACAACCAGAGCUAGUCUUGGGGUUACCUCCUCAUUCUGAUCCCUGCUAUGUCACUCUUCUCACACAAAACAAAGGCUUCAAUGGCCUCCAAGUUCUUCACAAUGGCAAAUGGGUCGUCCUCCAACUCAUCCCUGACUCUUUUCUCUUAUUUGCAGGAGAUAUACUUGAGAUUAUGAGCAACGGGAGGUAUAAGAGCAUAGUGCAUAGGGUCAUGGUUAACAAUGAAAGCACAAGAAUUUCUGUUUUGACUCCAAUAACGCCAUCAUUAGAAAGCUUUGCUAUUGCUCCUGCGCUCAAGUUGCUCGCUAGCUCUGAUAGCCCUACAAAAAUCCGUGGAAUCACGUACAAAGAGUUCCUUGCAUUAAAGUUUCAGAACAAAUCCAACAGUUAUGUUAUGGAUCUUGUAAAAGUGUAAUUUGGAAUAUGCAAUCUAAAUCAGAUGAAUGUGUAAUUUAGUGUUAAUUUCUAUGAAAUAAGGUACUGUAUUUAAGUCUCACUAAGGGUAAACUUGAAAAGCGAUUCCAUCAGCGCAGAUAUAUUGUAUAAUACAUUCUGUACCGAAAAUAUUUCGCAGCUAUGAUAUGUCAGCAAGGUAUGUUCCUGUGUGAA